UUGCUGCUCCAUCAUAUCGACAUUCCAUGUUAAAUAAACAUUCACCAAGAUCUUAUGCCGGUGUAUAUAUAAACUGAGAACUAGCAUAUGAGAGGAAAACAUAACCUAGAGCUUGCUGCUGAGAACGAUCAUUACAGGCAUGACAGGAACUUUCUUUCGAUUUUUCGUGAUUCUUCUUGGCCUUUCUCAUCUUUUAUUCUCGACAGCAGUCCCAGUUACAAGAACUGAAAAUCUUAUGCAAGAUGUGCAAGUUCACCUAAUUACUCAGGAAAAUACUCCUAAGGUUAUUACUGAGAAAAACUUGCAUUUGGAAGAGUUAAACAUUACUGAGAGGAUGGAUUUAGAACUUCAUGAUUAUCCACCAUCUGGCGCAAAUGGUCGUCACACUCCAAGAGCACCAUAACGAAGUGCUGCGUGAUUAAAUGUUAGUUCCGCUAUGUAAAACAAUAUAUUAAGUUGACAUAUGAGUUGUAAAAGCAUUUAUGUUUGAUGAAAAAAAAAGACUAAUUAGUGUUUGGUCAUGAGAUCUCAGGAACUCAUGUAUGGUGGUGAUUAACUUCUACUUAUGUAACUUCUACUUAUAUAACUUCUGCUUAUAUAACUUCUGCUUAUUUUAUCA